CCCCUGACUCCCGACUGCGCAUGUCCCAUCCGCCUUGCCGUCUUCGCAGCCAUGGCGGCUGCCGCGCUCCCCGCGUGGCCGGCCCUGCAGCCGGGGGCCGGGAGCCUGCGUGCCUUCUGUACGUCCGUGUCUCUGGCCACGCGCUCUGCGAUACCAAGCCCGCGUACAGCAGACAGAACAUCCAGAUAUGAAAGACCACUGAGAAGAAAGGCACUACCUCCUAGGACAGAGAAAAUGACUGUUGACCAAGACUGGCCUAGUGUUUAUCCUGUUGCAGCACCAUUUAAACCCUCUGCUGUACCUCUUCCCAUUCGAAUGGGUUAUCCAGUAAAAAGGGGGGUGCCCAUGGCAAAGGAGGGAAAUCUAGAACUUUUAAAGAUACCCAAUUUUCUGCAUUUAACUCCUGUAGCGAUUAAAAAGCACUGUGAAGCUCUUAAAGAUUUCUGCACUGAGUGGCCAGCUGCACUGGACAGUGAUGAGAAAUGCGAGAAGCAUUUUCCCAUUGAAAUUGACACAACCGAUUAUGUUUCAGCCGGACCAUCUAUUCGAAACCCCAGAGCACGAGUAGUAACCUUAAGGGUUAAACUUUCCAGUUUGAAUUUAGAUGAUCAUGCAAAGAAAAAACUUAUUAAACUUGUGGGAGAGCGAUACUGCAAGACUACAGAUGUACUUACUAUCAGAACAGACAGGUGCCCUUUAAAGAGACAGAAUUAUGAUUAUGCAAUGUAUCUGCUAACAGUUUUAUACCAUGAGUCUUGGAAAACCGAAGAAUGGGAGAAAGAUAAGACUGAAGCAGACAUGGAAGAGUAUGUAUGGAACAAUAGCUCCUCUGAAAAAAAUAUCCUGGAAACACUUCUCCAAAUGAAAGCUGCUGAGAAAAAUCUGGAAGUAAAUAAAGAAGAGCUCCUUGCUACAAAAGAAGUUGAAGAAUACAAAAAGUCUGUUGUUAGUCUUAAGAACGAGGGGGACAAUGAAAAUACCCUUUCUCAGUACAAAGAAUCAGUGAAGAAACUAUUAAAUCUAACGUGAUUUAUUUAGAAAAAUCUCCUUGAUUUGUUAAUUUUAUGAUAUAUCUGUAAUCAUUAUCUCAUUUUAUAUAAAUUUGAAAAAUUUGCCAAAAAAACCUAUUGUUUCACAUGUUUAAAAUUUUUUUUAUUAGUUUCAGAUGUAGAGUUUAGUGAUUCAUCAGUUGCAUAUAACACCCAGGGCUCAUUCCAUCAGUUGCCCUCCUUAAUACCCAUUACCCAGUUACUUCCUUCUCCCACGCCCCUCCCCUCCAGCAACCCUCAGUUUGUUCCCUAAAGUUCAGUGUCUCUUAUGGUUUGCCUCCCUGUCAAUUUUCAUCUUACUUUAUUUUUCCUUUCCUUCCCCUAUGUUCACCUGUUUUAUUUCUUAAAUUCCACAUAUGAAUGAAAUCAUAUGGUAUUUGUCUUUCUCUGACUGAUUUAUUUCACUUAGCAUCUUCUUUAUCCAUUCAUCUGUCAGUGGACAUCUGGGCUUUUUCCAUAUUUUGGCUGUUGUGAACAUUGCUGCUAUAAACAUUAGGGUACAUGUGCCCCUUCAGGUCACUGUGUUUGUAUCCUUUGGAUAAAUACCCAGUAAUGCAAUUGCUGGGUCAUAGGGUAGUUCUAUUUUAACUUUUUGAGGAACCUCCAUACUGUUUUCCACAGCGGCUGCACCAGUUUGCAUUCCCAGCAACAGUGUAAGAGGGUUCCCCUUUCCCUACAUCUUCGCCAACAUCUGUUGUUCCUGACUUGUUAAUUUUAGCCAUGUUGACUGGGGUGAGGUGGUAUCUCAUUGAGGUUUUGAUUUAUAUUUCCCUGAUACUGUCUGUUGGCCAUUUGUAUGUCUUUGGAGUAAUGUCUGUUCAUGCCUUCUGGCUAUUUCUUGACUGGAUUUUUUGUUUUUUGGGUGUUGAGUUUAAUAAGUUCUUUAUAGAUUUUGGAUACUAGCCCUUUAUCUGAUAAGACAUUUGCAGAUAUCUUCUCCCAUUCUCUCAGUUGUCUUGGCUUUGUCUACUGUUUCCUCUGCUGUGCAAAAGCUUUUUAUCUUGAUGAAGUCUCAAUAGUACAUUUUUGCUUUUGUUUCCCUUGCCUUUAGAGACGUGUCUAGCAGUUGUUGCAGCUGAGGUCAAAGAGGUUGCUGCCUGUAUUUUCCUCUAGGAUUUUGAUGGAUUCCUAUCUCACAUUUAGGUCUUUCAUCCUGUUUUGAGUCUAUUUUUGUGAAUGGUGUAAGGAAGUGGUCCAGUUUCAUUCUUCUGCAUGUGGCUGUCCAAUUUUCCCAGCACCAUUUGUUGAAGAGAUGGUCUUUUUUCCAUUGGAUAUUCUUUCCUGCUUUGUCAAAGAUUAGUUGAUCAUAGAGCUGAGUGUCCAUUUCUGGGCUCUCUUAUUCUGUUCUAUUGAUGUAUGUGUCUGUUUUUGUGCCAGGACCAUACUGUCUUGAUGAUUACAGCUUUGUAAUAGAGCUGUAAUACAUGACAGAAUUGUGAUGCCUCCAGCUUUGGUUUUCUUUUUUCAGAAUUACUUGGGUAUUCAGGGUCUUUUCUGGUUCCAUACAAAUUUUAGGAUUGUUUUGUUCCAGCUUUGUGAAAAAUGUUGAUGGUAUUUUGAUAGGGAUUGCAUUGAAUGUGCAGAUUGCUCUGGGUAGCAUAGACAUUUUAACAGUAUUCUUCCAAUCCAUGAGCAUGGAAUGUUUUUCCAUUUCUUUGUGUCUUCCUCAGUUUUUUUCAUAAGUGCUCUAUCGUUUUCAGAGUACAGAUCCUUUACCUCUUUGGUUAGGCUUCUUCCUAGCUUUCUUCUGGGUUUUGGUGCAAUUGUAAAUGGGAUCAAUUCCUUGAUUUCUCUUUCUUCAGCUUCAUUGUUAGUGUAUAGAAAUGUAACUGACUUCUGUGCAUUUAUCUCAUAUCCUGCAACUUUGCAGAAUUCCUGUAUCCAUUCUGGCAAUUUUGGGGUGGAGUAUUUUCCACAUAGAGUAUCAUGUCGUCUGUGAAGAGUGAAAGUUUGACUUCUUCCUUGCCGAUUCCAAUGCCUUUUAUUUCUUUUUGUUGUCUAAUUGCUGAGACUGGGACUUCUAGUACUAUGUUGAGCAAUAGUGGUGAGAGUGGACAUCCCUGCUGUGUUCUGACCUUAGAGGACAAGCUCUGUUUUUCCUCGUUGAGGAUAUUAGCUGUGGGUUUUUUGUUUAUGGCUUUUAUGAUAUUGAGGUACAUUCCUUCUAUCUCUACAGUGCAGAGAGUUUUUAUCAAGAAAGGAUGCUGUACUUUGUCAAAUGCUUUUUCUGCAUCUAUGGAGAGGAUCAUAUGGUUCUUGUCCUUUCUUUUAUUUAUGUAGUGUAUCACAUUGAUUGACUGAUGGAUUUGUGAAUGAUUGAACCACCCUUGCAGCCCAGGAAUAAAUCCCACUUGGUUGUGGUGAAUAAUCCUUUUAAUGUAAUGUUGGAUCCUAUUGGCUAGUAUUUUGGUGAGAAUUUUUGCAUCCAUGUUUAUCAGGGAUAUUGGUCUGUAGUUCUCCUUUUUGUUGGGGUCUUUGUCUGAUUGGGGGUUCGAGGUAAUGCUGGCCUCAUAGAACGAGUUUGGAAGUUUUCCUUCCAUUUCUAUUUUUUUAAACAAUUUCAGAAGAAUAGGUAUUAAUUCUUCUUUAAGUGUUUGGUAACCAAAUUCCCCUGGAAGGCAUCCGGUCCUGGACUCUUGUUUGUUGGGAGAUUUUUGAUUACUGAUUCAUUUUCUUUACUGGUGAUGGGUCUAUUCAGGUUUUCUGUUUCUUCCUGUUUCAGCUUUGGUAGUUUAUAUGUUUCUAGGAAUGCAUCCAUUUUUUCCAGAUUGCCUGAUCUGUUGGCAUAUAAUUGUUCAUAAUAUUCUCUCAUAAUUGUAUUUCUUCAGUGUUGGUUGUGAUCGCUCCUUUUUCAUUCAUGAUUCUAUUGGGUGCUUUCUCUUUUCUUUUUGAUAAGUCUGGCUAGGGGGUUUAUCGAUCUUCUUAAUUCGAAGUACCAGCUCCUAGUUUUGUUGAUCUGUUCUGUUUUUUUUAAUUUGUUUCAUUGAUUUCUGCCCUAAUCUAUAUUAUUUCUCUUCUCUCGCUGGAUUUAGGCUUUAUUUGCUGUUCUUUUUCCAGCUCCUUUAGUGUACGGUUAGGUUGUGUACUUGGGACUUUUCUUGUUUCUUGAGAAAGGCUUGUAUUGCUAUAUGCUUCCGUCUUAGGACCACCUUUGCUGCAUCCCAAAGGUUCUGAACUGUCCUGUUUUCAUUUUCAUUUGUUUCCAUAUAUUUUUUGAAUUCUUUAAUUUCCUGAUUGACCCAUUCAUUCUUUAGUAGGAUGCUCUUUAACCAACAUGUAUUUGUGUUCCUUCCAAAUUUUCUCUUGUGAUUGAGUUCAAGUUUUAACGCCUUGUGGUCUGAAAACAUGCAUGGUAUGAUCUCGAUCUUUCUGUACCAGUUGAGACCUGAUUUUUGACACAGUAUGUGAUCUACUCUGGAGAAUGUUCCAUGUGCACUCAAGAAGAAUGUGUAUUCUGUUGCUUUAAGAUGAAAUGCUCUAAAUAUACCUAUUAAGUCCGUCUGGUCUGGUGUGUAAUUCAAAGACCUUGUUUCCUUGUUGAUCUGCUUAGAUGAUCUGCCCAUUGCAGUGAGGGAGGUGUUGAAGUCCCCUACUAUUAUUGUACUAUUAUCAAUGUGUUUCUUUAAUUUUGUUAUUAAUUGGUUUGUAUAAUUGGCCGCUUCCAAGUUAGGGGCAUAAAUAUUUACAAUUGUUAGAUCUUCUUGUUGGGUAGACCCUUUUAUUAUGAUAGAGUGUCCUUUUUCAUCUCUUAUUACAGUCUUUGGUUUAAAAUCUAGUUUGAUAUAAGGAUGGCUACUCCAGCUUUCUUUUGAUGUCCGUUAUCAUGAUAGAUGGUGCUCCACCCCCUCACUCUCAAUUUGGAGGUGUCUUUGGGUCUAAAAUGAGUCUCUUGUAGACAGCAUAUCAAUGGGUCUUGUUUUUUAUCCACUCUGAUAUCCUGUGUCUUUUAAUGGGAACAUUUAGUCCAUUUAUGUUCAAAGUAAUUAGUGAAAGAUAGGAAGUUAGUUACCAUUGUAUUAUUUGUAAAGUCACUGUUUCUGUAGAUUGUCACUGUCCUUUCUGCUGUUUGUUACUUUUGGGCUCUCUCUUCCCUUGAAGGAUUCCCUUUAAUAUUUCUUGCAGGGCUGGUGUAGUGAUCACAAAUUCCUUUAGAUUUGUUUAACCUGGACACUCUUUUUUUUUUUUUUUUUAAAGAUUUUAUUUAUUUAUUUGAGAGAGAGAACAUGAGAGGGGUUAGGGUCAGAGGGAGAAGCAGGCUCCCUUCCGAGCAGGGAGCCUGAUGCGGGACUCGAUCCAGGGACUCCAGGAUCAUGACCUGAGCCGAAGGCAGUCGCUUAACCAACUGAGCCACCCAGGCGCCCCUAACCUGGACACUCUUUAUCUCUCCUAUUCUGAAUGACAGCCUUGCUGGAUAAAGUAUUCUUGGUUGCAUAUUUUUCUCAUUUGUUACCUUGAAUAUAUCAUGCCACUUCUUCCUGGCCUGCCAGGUCUCUGUGGACAGUUCUGCUGCCAGCUUUAUGUUUCUACCCUUGUAGGUUGCAGACCUCUUGUCCUGAGCUGCUUUCAGGUUUUUUCUUUGUCUCUGAAAUUUGCAAGCUUCACUAUUGUAUGUCAAGGUGUUGACCUCUUUUUAUUGAUUUUGAGGGGGCGUCUCUGUCCCUCCUGGACUUGAAUGCCUGUUUCCUUCCCCCUUCACCUUCUGGGACCCCCUAUUAUCUGGAUAUUAUUUCACUUUAUGGAAUCACUGAUUUCUGGAAGUCUUCCUUCGUGAUCCAAUAGUUGUCUUUCUCUCUUCAGCUUUCUUAUUUUCCAUUAUUUUGUCUUCUAUAUCACUGACUCUCUCCUCUGCCUCAUUUAUCAUCUCUGUUAGAGCCUCCAUUUUUACUGCAUUUCAGUAAUAGCAUUUUUAAUUUUGGCCUGAUUGUAUUUUAGUUCUUUUAUUUCUACAGUAAGGGAUUCUCUAUUAUCUUCCAUGCUUUUUUCAAACCCAGCUCGUAUCUUUUUUUUUAAAUUUUUAAAAUUUUUUUAAAGAUUUUUAUUUAUUUAUUUGACAGAGAGAGACACAGCGAGAGAGGGAACACAAGCAGGGGGAGUGGGAGAGGGAAAAGCAGGCUUCCUGCCGAGCAGGGAGCCCAAUGUGGGGCUCCAUCCCAGGACCCUGAGAUCACGACCUGAGCUGAAGGCAGAUGCUUAACAGCUCAGCCACCCAGGCACCCCAACCCAGCUCGUAUCUUUAUAAUCAUUUUAAGUUCUAGUUCAGACCUGUUACUUAUAUCCAUAUUGAUUAAAUCCCUGGCAGUGAGUGCUACCUCCUGUUAAGUUUCUCCGUCUCAUCAUUAUGUCCAGAAAAGAAUAGAAGAAAGAGAGAGAGAGAAAAGACAACAAUACUUCCAAAAAGUGGCUGCUUUUCUAUUUGUAGCAUUGCAGCAUUUCUUUUAUCACAUCUCCAGUUGAUAUUGCAAGUGUUCAGAAUGAUUUGAUAAUUAUCUAGCUGAAUUCCAGGCACAAGACAAACAUAGGGUCCUCUCCUCCUCUGCCAUGUUAACUCCCAAGCCACAUCACAUUUAAAAUACUUUUUCAUAUUAAUGCAUUAUAGCAAUGAUUAUUCAACAGUUUUCUUAUUUGUACAAUGUGGCAGUAGAACUAAUUAGAAGAUCUAUGUGAUUCUUUCUGGUUUGAAAGUUUUUAUUUCUGCCAUCACUUUAAUAUUCAUGUAUAUACAUAUAUUGUUAUUUUGUCUCUUAUUUCUUUCCCUACAAAUUAGCACCUAUUGGUUGCUUUUGAAUACACAUCUUCCUCAACUUAUGAUGUGGUUAUGUCCCAAUAAGUCCAUUUUAAGAUGAAAAUAUUGUAAGUUGAAAAUACAUUUAAUACACCUAACCUACCAAACAUCAUAGCUUAGCCCAGCCUACUUUAAACAUGCUUAGAACACUUCACAUUAGCCUGCAGUUGGGCAGAAUCAUCUAACAAAAAGCCUAUUUUAUAAUGAAGUGUUGAAUAUCUCAUAUAAUUUACUGAAUACUGUACUGAAAGUGAAAGAAUGGUUUUAUGGGUACAAAGUGGUUGUCAGUAUACCAGUUAUUUACCCUUAAAUUGCAUGGCUGGAUAGGAGCUUUGACUGCCGCUGCCCAGCAUCAUGAAAAUGUAUCAUCACAUACCACUAGUCUGGGAAAAGAUAAAAAUUCAAAAUUUGAAGUGUGGUUUCCUUAGAAUGUGUUAUUGCUUUCACAUCAUUGUAAAGUCAAAAAAUCGUAAGCUGAGUCAUAAGUCAGGACCAGCUGUAAUGACUGGUUAUUUGGGAAGAAUCCAGUCCCCUGAAUAUAGUUCAGUGCUUUUUUACAUAACUGCUGUCUACCCAAUGCAUUUUUCACAGAUGCCAAUUCUGAUUAGAAACAGGUUCUUGGAAGUAUUUUCUAACCUGAAAAGUUUGCUCCAUUCCUCUCUUUUGGUUUCACUUUAUGUUAAUUCAACUCUGUUUCGCAUCUUCCUUUCUGCUUUCUGGGGCUCAUUUCUACAAGCCCAUGCUUGCAGAAAAGUGGAAAUGGAGAUUAACUGGUAUUCAUCUCUCUAGAUUCCCCAGUUAGAGUUUCUGCAGCUCAGAAAAGAGAUGAGUUGUAAGGACCUUGAAAUUAAUUGGAGUAAAUGACGAAAUAACUGUCCUAUGAAACAUUCCAUUCAAUUUAGCUGUCAAUUCAGUAUUUUAAAGUAUAGCUGUUAUUUCUUACCACUUCCAAAGUUGUAAGUGAUUAAGUUAAAUUAAAAUAGAGGAAUUAUUGA